GCCAGACUGCAAAGGGAAUUGUCUCAGAGUUGGAGCACUCAAGAGAAAAUCAGCACUGCUCUCAAUCCUCCCGUCCCAGCACUAGAGGUUUUUUUUUCCCCCCGAUAAGUUCCAGGAAGAUUUCCUUUCUGUUUCUCUCUCGGAAUGUAUUUUUAAAACACACACGGUGCCGUCCUCAACCAAACUCGAGCAGUUUCUUGCCUCUCCUGCGGAGUUUGCUCUUUAAAAAAGUGUUUGGAGAAGCAUUUUUUUUCUCUCUGUGUGUGUUUGUCCCCUCCUCCCCCGUUACAACCAGGCGAUUCUACAAUAGGAGGCUGAGACUGGGCUGCCAGUGUUAUUCCAGACCUCUUCCCUGAGCCUUUCCUGAGGAAUGGACUCCCUCAAAGGCAAGUCUCCCACCGCCGAGAUCUCCAGCAUCUGGUUCCCAUGGUUAUAUCUGAGGACAUCUACCUCUCAAUGGAGUCUUUUUAUUGCUGUAUACCUACUGACAUUCACACUUGGUGAAUGUUCUCAAAGUCAGUUGGAACAGAAAGAGAUCAUUCUGCAACCUUCUUCCAAUAUCACUCUGAAAUGUUUUGGGAACGGCCACAUUGAUUGGACUUAUGAGAAAGUUGCCGAUGUUUAUCCUGAUGGCCAUUUUCUGCACAUACACAGCGCGACAAUUUAUCACAACAGAGAGUAUGUCUGCUCCUGCAAUAAAACUGAGAUAAUGAGCUUCUACGUCUUUGUGCCAGAUCCUGACAUGUGGUUCCUCCCACAACGCCCAGACGAAAUGAUCAUCCUAAUGGAAAGAUCAGUGCCUUUUAACAUCCCGUGUCUGGUGUCCAACCCGGAUCUCCAGGUCACUCUUCUACACGUGGAAACGAACACCCUCAUAGACCUGCCAUACAACAACAAGCAAGGUUUUUUUGGAAAAUUCAGUGAUGGGACCUAUGUGUGCAAAGCCACGCUAAACGGGGUGGAACGAGAGUCUGAGGAAUACAUUGUGGAAACAUAUGAAGCACCUGAUGAUCUUUAUAUUGAACUUCAUGCUUCAAGCACCGUGGUCAAACUGGGAGAACCCAUCAGUGUUACCUGCACCGCAAAUACCAACUUGCUGGACUUUAAAUGGAACUGUCCGAGGUUGAAGGAAGCUCAAAUAAUUGUGUCUGACGGGGCUCAGGAAGUGAACUCAACCGUCUACUUGGAAAGCGCCACACUGGAAGAUUCUGGAUGGUACAACUGCAGCGUUAUAGGGUACUACGCUCAAAAUCAAUUUGAAGAGAAGGCUCUGCAAAUUACAGUUGUCAAAAAUGGAUUUGUUCAUCUCAACACCAAUCUGAGUGCCACUGAGUAUGCAGAGCUGUCAGAGGUGAAAAUGUUUGUAGUUAAUAUAACGGCCUACCCAGCCCCCACUGUCAUGUGGCUGAAGAACAACAUACCAUUCAACGAAAAGUCCAAUCAAGUCACCUUUAGCAACAAAUCCCUGAGCAAAAACAGGUAUCAGUGCGUGCUCCAUCUCAUCCGUGUGAAGGAGGAAGACUUUGGGAAUUACAGCAUUCAAGUCUGGAAUGCUGACAGCAAAAAGGAGUUUACUUUCUCUUUAAGAGUAAAUGUGCCAGCAAGGAUCCUGGAACUCAAUGACUUUCACCAACCCAGUGGUAUCCAAACUGUGACCUGUGUUACUGAGGGAUCGCCUUUACCAGAAGUCACUUGGUACACAUGCCAUGACCUAAAAAGGUGCAACAAUAAGGUGGGGAAGUGGAGUCCACUGAAAAUCAACUCGAGUGGAAUCCAGGUGAAGAAACGGACCUCUGAGCUGCCAGGAAACCGGGUCUUCCGUGUAGAGAGUGUCCUAAUCCGGAAGAAUUUAGAUGAAACUGCUGCGAUGCGCUGUUCUGCCACGAAUGGCUUUGGGAUUGUGAGCCGAGAUGUCAAACUUAUUUCCCAUGGUAUCCAGUCUCAACUGGUCACUGUGGCCACCAUCCUGGUUUUGUUGGUCAUCAUUGUCAUCUCAUUAGUGGUCCUGGUUGUGGUUUGGCGGAAGAAACCUCGCUAUGAAAUUCGCUGGAAGGUCAUUGAAUCCAUCAGUUCAGAUGGACACGAGUACAUUUACGUUGACCCAAUGCAGCUUCCGUACGACUCAAGCUGGGAGUUCCCCAGGAGCCAGCUGUCUUUGGGUCGGACGCUGGGCUCUGGAGCCUUUGGUCGGGUGGUUGAAGCAAUGGCCCAUGGACUUGGUCACUCUAACUCCACCAUGAAAGUUGCUGUAAAGAUGCUGAAGACUACUGCUCGGACCAGUGAGAAACAAGCCCUGAUGUCAGAGCUGAAAAUUAUGAGUCACCUUGGUCCUCAUUUAAAUAUUGUAAACCUGUUGGGAGCCUGUACCAAAGGAGGUCCAAUCUACAUCAUUACCGAGUACUGUCGCCAUGGCGAUCUAGUGGAUUAUCUGUACAGGAACAAACAUACCUUCCUACAACACUACGCUGACAAAGGACAGAGAGAGUCAAGCAACGUCAUCACAAACUCCUACAACGAGAGGAUGAAGAGUUACGUGGCCCUGGCAUUUGAGAAUGAUGGAGGAUACAUGGACAUGACUAAAGAUGAGCAGCUUGAGUACAUGCCAAUGCUGGAGGCUAAACAUGAACCAAACUAUGCUGAUAUCGAACACCCUGAUUACGACAGGCCAUACUCACAGGAGAUGAGCCCCCCAACUGAGCACGAGGUCACAGAGGAUAAACUACUGAUCAGCGAGUCUCCGGUCCUGAGCUACAUGGACCUGGUUGGAAUCAGUUAUCAGGUGGCACAAGGAAUGGAAUUCCUAUCAUUGAAAAAUUGCGUCCAUCGGGAUUUAGCUGCGAGGAAUGUACUGAUCUGUGAAGGAAAACUCGCAAAAAUCUGUGACUUUGGAUUAGCACGGGACAUAAUGAAUGAUUCCAAUUAUAUUUCAAGAGGCAGUACCUUUUUGCCUCUGAAAUGGAUGGCACCGGAGAGCAUUUUCAACAAUCUGUACACCACACUGAGCGAUGUCUGGUCCUACGCAGUCCUCCUCUGGGAGAUCUUCACUCUUGGUGGAACACCAUAUCCAGACCUUCCUGUCAACGACCAAUUCUACAAUGCUAUCAGGCAUGGGUACAGAAUGCCCAAACCUCAGUACGCCUCAGAUGAAAUAUAUCAAAUUAUGCAAAAAUGUUGGAAUGAUGAAUUUGAGAAAAGACCUUCAUUUUCAAAUUUAGUAACCUACAUGGGGAACCAGCUCAGUGAGGGCUACAAGAAGAAAUAUGCCCAGGUUAACCAAGACUUUCUGAAGGGUGAUCACCCAGCCAUAGGUCGCACUGGGGUUAAGUUCUUCCAAGUUAACGACAAUGUGAUCUACUCCAACUGUACAGAGAGCCUGCCCAAUGGCACCAAUAACGGCUAUAUCAUCCCACUACCGGACCCAGAGCCCCAUGAGUUAUCAGCAGAUACCAGCAGUCCAAUGGAGAAUUCCCCAAGUGAGUCUGCUGCAGGAACAAGGCCAAGCUCCCUUGUGUGUGGGGAGAAUGGAGAGCUGGCUGACUCCAGUGAUUCUGCCCCAGUGACUGAAGAUGUCAAGGAGCCUGAGGAGGACACUGAAGCUGACACUAGUCUGCCUGAUGUCGAGGACAGUUUCCUGUGACCUUCACCUUCUGGUACUGCCUUCACUGCAGAACUUCCUCAGAACUUUCAGCUUCACUUAAAGUACAAACUCUGUGUGAGAAAAUCCCAAUUCAAUGCAUUGCCUGAGCAAUCCCUAGGCUAAAAGCGAUUGUUGAAUAUGUGUAGAAUAUUGGGAUAAUAAUGUGAAAAUCUUCAAGAUACAAUGAGUCCUUUCUGUAAACAUUUCCAUCACCCACGGACCAGGCAUUAGAUUUGAAAAUGUGCAUCUGCAUCCAGGGUGGGGGAAUACAUGAUCGUUCAUUUCACGUAUCAUUUGCUAUACAUGAAAUUAUCACUGGACUAGGAUUUUGUAUUGAGUCACAAUGUUUGAAUGAAAUUUCCAGCUCCUUAUCCUACCCCCUCUUGCUUUUCCCUGGAGUCUCACUGUAUCUUCCACUCUCUGAACUCAUCCCUUCCUUCCUACCUCCAAACUGUCAGACCCUCAGUCUCCCCUCCAAAUUAUAAAACUCCAUUUGUCCCUCAGCUUCCUUUCCUCUUGCAAUUUGUGAGGUUCUCAAACCCAGCUUUGUCACCAAUUCAGCUCUGCACCCUGUCUGGUUGCAUUUUUUCUCAAUGUCCUACACGUAUCGGGCUUUGAGUCAUUAUCGAGAUUUCUCCAUCUUCUUAGGAGAACUCCAGUGCAUCCCAAUCUUCCCUGGUUUUGGAAUCUGUGAAAUUUAAACUUGGCAUUGAAUUGGAAUGCUUAUCUUUUGUUAAGAUACAUGUAGCUCAGCCCAGGUUAUUAUUAUGGAGAAUAUGAAGAGGUUGCUGUGGGAUAUGCGCUAUUAUACAACACUUUGAACCCACUGAUCCAAAUGAGAAACUGUUUUAGUGCCAUUUAACUAUUUUUGUAGCAACUCAACUUCAGAAUGGUUUGUUUCUUCACAGUGGGACCGUACUCUGGUUCUGAUCCAGAGUAGAAAUAUUUUCAGGGCAACAUCAUAUAGAUAGAAGCCGGAGCAGUUAUUACAUUUGUAUUAUAUUACCUUUAUUGAGAUUAGUCCUUUCCAUUACAUUUUCACCUUAUAAGUAGCAAUGUUUGCACAAUCGAGACUAUAUAAAAGAAAUAUUUUACUUUUUUUAAGUGAAUAUUUUACAUAUACGUUUGUCGUGCCAUUUUAUUUGUUUUGAAAUAUUGCAGUGUUGUUGCUCCAUGAUGUUAAUGUCUUCAGAUGCUCUUGUCUGUGUGUGAGAGAUGCAGGGGAGAUUUAAUCAUAAUCUCCGUGCAAAAUGAAUUAAUAAUAAUGUAACUCAUGCAGUUAAACCAUCAAGAAUCAUAACCAAGACCACAUGUACGGGAGGCCUCAGAUUUCAGCAGCUGUAAGGUCAUUUUUUUUUCCCCUUGACCAAAGAUUCCUGAAGAGAGUUGAUGAGUUGAAUAUUGUGGAUGUGCUGAGAGAGAAGCAAAUGAAAUAAAGUGGAAGGUUUUUCUGAUAGAUUAAGGGCAGGCUUUUGAUGAAGAUUAACACCAGAAUGGUACACUGAGCUGAAUGGCCAUUUUCUGAGCUGUCAAUCAUUGGAGAAUUCCAUUUGUUCGAAAAUAACUCCAUUCCGUUGCACAGGGGAACUGAUCAGGAAUGUCAAAAACAUCCAUUCAAAGAUUGCUGAUAUUUCUGUGAGCAUUUGUUGGCAAUUAUCUGAAAUUUGGUCUGUGGCUGUUCUUGUUUCAUUAUUUUUAGAUUCCUACACAUUUUGCUGCAGAUUUACCUUAUUUUCAGUUUUUUACCAUUUGAUUCAUCUGAGUGGAUCAUCUGAAUGAAGGUGGAGAGGAUUUUGUGGACACAGCCACCACCAGCAACAUCAUUCUGUUCCUAUUUUAAUCUCCACUCUCCAUAAGACAUUGGAGCAGAAGUAGCCAAAUCAGCGCGUUGAGUCUGCUCUUCCACUCAAUGGGAUCUUGACUGAUCGGGUAAUCUUCAACCCCACGUUCCUGCUGUCUUCCAUUAACCUCUGAUUCACUUACUAGUUGAAAACAGGUCUAUCUCAGCCCUUAUCCCAGUUAUCGAAAGCCUUUUAAAAUGGAUACACAGCCGAACUUGGUUGAGUCUCUCAAGGCUCUUCUAGCAACACAGAGCACUGUCAUCCCAUGAGUGUGUAAUGGGUUCUAUCUCUAAACAAGAAUGAGAGGUCAUUUUGCUAACCCACCAUCCCACCUGGCUCUGUAAACUACUAUAGUUUAAAUCUCUUUUAGUGAUACCUAGCCUUAUGCCUUCAGAAUCAUUGCUUGAUUGAAAAUGUCACAGUAAUAAUGCAACCUCUUCAUAGUUCGUGUGUGUGUGUGUGUGUGUGUGUGUGUUUUAAAUAGUGAUGUUAUGAUGGGAUAUAAAUUACACACUUUUGUUCCAUCCUUUCUCUAGUUGGUGCAAAGGGCGUUGAUGUUUAGAAACAUAGAAUGGCUACAGCACAGAAGUAAGGUGGCCAUUUGAUCUAUUUUCUCCAGAUUAUUUCUCUGUGAUUUGUACUCAGCAGUAUCAGGCCUCCACCUUUUCCCAGAGCCCUGCAAAACUUUCCCUUCUGAUAAUAAUCCAAUUCCCUUUCGAAAACCACAAUCGAAUCUGUCUCAACCACACUCUCAGACAUGGCAUUUCAGUUCCGAAACAUGGUUUCCCUCAUGCUGUCCUUGGUUCUUUCACUAAUUGCCUUGAGUUGAUUUCCUAUCUGGCAACCCUCUGGUGAAUAGCAAUAGAACUCUUUGUGUUGUAAAGCAUGUUCUGUCAAUUCUUAAUGAAAGAUCUCCACCUUCAAUUGGAUGUAAUCCUGGAGGUUUUAUUACAAGACCUCCCUUUUCAAAUUGUUCCAUCCCAGCACAAUAUUGGUUAAUUCUACAGGCAUUGCUGUCUUCUGUUGGCAAUUAGAAAGGAAACAAAUGUCUUAGUGCCGAUUAUUGUAGUUGUGGCAGUUUGUGACAUCGCCCUUUUACAUAUUUCUUGCAGAUUAACCAAUGUCAUUUGUUUAUCCUUUGAGGGUAAGAAGUGAAACAUGUGGGCAAGAGAGCACUCCCUUGGACUGCCCAAGCAUACCUGCGAGUGGGAGCUUGAUUGAAUUUAACUUGUGUCCCUGGUUUCCCUGCUCAGCAGUUGAAUAGUCUGUCAACCUGAAGCAAAAAAAGAAAUUGCAGGAGAAGCACAGCAGAUCUGGCAACACCUGUGGAGAGAAAGCAGAGUAAACCUUCCAAGUCCAGUGAGCCUUCUUCAAUUUGGUCAGUUAUGUAGGCAGAGGAAAUUGUAACAGAAAAAAAUUAUAUCCAACAGAAUUUUGUGUGUCAACCUCACUGGAAUUCCCUCACACCCUUUAAAUGUAGGGGCCAUUUGUGUCCCUCAUCACUCCCUGGGUCAUCGUACACAAUUACAUUAAGUGUGACCCUCCAAACAAAAUGCGUUGAUUGCAGUUGAAGUAUUGGGGCUAUUGUUCGUGUCAAUGCAGGCUUAAUAGUAUAGCUUCUUAUCCUGUUCUUCUCUAGCCACUAGUCAUCUGAAAAAUCAGGUCCCAUCAGAGCAAAUUCAGACUUAUGGUUUCUUUGCAUCAACCUUAAAAGUACAGCAAUAAACUGCCUUGAAUAAGUUUUAUUUGUAAAUGAUCUAAGAUGACUGUGUAUGAAAUGGGAGGUUUAAUUGUGUUCACAUGGAUAUUCUUUAUCAGUAAUGGUACAGAUCAAUAUUUUUAAAUGAGUUUUAACAUUGAAUGUUAAUUCUGAAUGUGUAUACGUGUGUUGGUUGUGAAAAGUAUUUAGAUACAUGUGCUGUUGGUCAGUAAUAUACUUUUCACCUACCUUAUUCACUAUUAAAUAAACAUGUUAUUUUCUAGCA